GGCGUCGCCUGGCUCGGGAAAGCAUUACCUCCAACAUGAAGCUCCUGGUCUUAUUCUCAACACUCGUGGCCACGUCGUUAGCUGCACCUCAGGGCUACAAUCUGGGUACGCCUUCAGGACCAGGUUUUGGAAUUGGAGGUCCAGGACCGGGAUUUGGAUCAGGAGGAUGCGGUCCCGGACAGGUGCUGCAUGUGGACGGCAGGUGUGUCACUCCACGUGUCAACCGUAAAGUGUAUUUAUAUGACGCGCCACCAGCACCUGUGUCCUAUGGUCCUCCGCCUUACAUCCCUGAGCCAACCAUAGAUACAAAUAUCGUAUUCAUCCGAACUCCUGAAGGAGGACAAGGACCAGAUCCCAUCGUCGUGCCUCCGCCACAACAGAAACACGUCGUGUAUGUCCUCAACAAACAGACGGAGCAAGGACAGGAAGUGAUUGAAGUGCCAGCACCACCAGCAAGUAGUCCUGAAGUGUACUUCGUGAAUUACGCUGACGGCGAGAACCCAGUUCUUCCCAGCGGUGUUGAUCUUCAGAGUGCAUUGAACGCAGCUUCUCAGGGCGGCGGUCAAGUAAUUGGUGGCGGUGGCGGAGGUGUUGGCGGUGGUUUCGGAGGCAGCGGUGGUUUCGGAGGUGGAAUAAGCGGUGGAUUCGGAGGCGGAAUUAGCGGUGGAUUCGGAGGUGGUGUUAUUAGUGGAGGUUUCGUAAGCGGUGGAGGUAGUGGAGAAUUCAUCUCUGGUGGAAGUGGCGGUGGAUUCAUCACAGGAGGUGGUUUCGAUGGAGGUUCCAGCAUUGUUUCCACUCCUUCUAAUCUUUACAGUGCACCAUAGAGUUCAGCAUCUGAAAACUUCCAUACUGUGUGCUUCUAAUUAACUUGUUAUCCAUAUGGCGUUUAUAAACUUUACAUUUUUAAAUCUUAAAUAAGUUCUGUUGUGUUUUAUGGAUGUGUAUAUAUUCUUACAAUAAAGAAAAGAAGAAUA